AUGACUGCUUCAGACUGGUCACCAGACUCGUGGCGCUCGAAGCCCAUCAAGCAGGCCCCGAGCUACCCCGAUGAAGCCCUCGUCAAAAAGUCAGUAGAGGAGCUCUCCAGGCUACCCCCCGUCGUCCACCCCAAGGAGAUCGUAGCCUUGAAGCAGCAUCUCCGGGACUGUGCGAAGGGGGAGGCCUUCCUGCUCCAGGGAGGAGACUGCGCUGAACUCUUCUCGUACUGCGAGCAGAGCGCCAUCGAGUCGAAGAUCAAGCUGCUCUUGCAGAUGAGCUUGGUUCUCAUCUGGGGCGCCGACAAGAAAGUCGUCCGCAUCGGUCGCAUGGCGGGCCAGUACGCAAAGCCCAGAUCCAGCCCGACCGAAAUCGUCGACGGCAAGGAAACCCCGUCCUUUCGAGGCGACAUCCUGAACGGGUUCAGUGUCGAUGAGAGAGAGAUUGACCCACAAAGACUGGUUAAGGCCUACCACUACUCUUCGGCCACUCUCAACUACAUUAGAGCGGCCCUCAGCUCCGGCAUCGCCGAUCUUCACAGACCACUCGACUGGGGCCUAGGCCAUGUCCGGGAUCCGGAGCUGAAACGCAAAUACUCCGAAGCCGUCCUGUCGUUGACAGACAUGCUGCGAUUUCUGCGCACGAUAGGAGCCGACAGGAGCGAGAAGCUCGAUACGGUUGACCUCUUCACCAGCCACGAAGGACUACUCCUCGAGUACGAACAGGCCCUUACCCGAUUACUCGAGACGCCGCCCCCUCCCGGAUCCAGCGCAAACCUCAACGGCCAGAGCCCGGCGACGAUGAAAGAGUACUACAACACGUCGGCGCAUUUUCUGUGGAUCGGCGACCGCACGCGACAGAUUGACGGCGCACACGUCGAGUUUUUCCGCGGCAUCGCCAACCCCGUCGGCGUCAAGGUCGGCCCCACCACACCCGUCGACGAUCUGCUGGCCCUGCUGCGGACUCUCAACCCGGACCGCGAGCCGGGCAAGGUCACGCUCAUCACGCGCUACGGCGCCGGCAAGGUACGGUCGCUGCUGCCGGCACACAUCCGUGCGGUGGAGGACAGCGAAUACCGGCAGUGCGUGGUGUGGCAGUGCGAUCCCAUGCACGGCAACACGCUCUCGACGGGCAGUGGAAUCAAGACGCGCAAGUUCAGGGACAUCUUCGAGGAGCUGCAGGAGACGCUACGGAUCCACAAGGAACAGGGUAGCUACCUGGGAGGCGUACACCUGGAGCUCACGGGCGACGCGGUCACGGAGUGCCUGGGAGGUAGUGAGAACCUGGCUGAGGAUGACUUGUCGACAAACUACACGAGUUUUUGCGAUCCGCGGUUGAACGAAAAGCAAGCCCUGGAACUGGCUUUCUUGAUUGCCGAUCACUAUCGGAACGAGAGGAGACCACCGACGUUGUAG